AUGUUGAAGUACGGGAGUUCCAAUGAGUCCGUUGCGGAUUUUUAUGCGGGAAAAUCCGUGUUCGUUACUGGUGGAACAGGAUAUCUUGGAAAGGUAUUGAUAGAAAAACUACUCUACAGUUGCGAGAAACUAGACAAAAUCUACCUUUUGAUACGCGAAAAGAAAAAUGUUAGCCCAGAGAAACGAUUACAACAUAUUUUUGAACAACCAAUUUUUAAGCGAUUAAAGUGUAAAGGAGCAGAUUAUAUGCAAAAAGUUGUACCUAUUGUUGGUGACAUAUCUGAGCCAAACUUAGCAGUUACAGAAGAAGAUGAGAAAGAACUACGGGAAAAGGUCUCUAUAGUUUUCCAUAUGGCAGCGACUGUUAAGUUCAACGAACCCUUAAAAGUUGCCAUGAAUAUAAAUUUCGAAGGAACAAGACGAGUUCUUAAUCUAUGCAAAAAAAUGAAGCAGUUACAGACAUUUGUCUACGUGUCUACUGCUUAUACUAAUACAAAUCGCGAGAUUAUCGAAGAGGUUAUUUAUCCUCCACCAGCCUCUUAUGAAGAAGUUUAUACUGCACUUCAACAAUACGGAGAUAAUGAUAAAGAUAUUAGAAAACUUUUGUGUGAUCGACCCAACACGUACACUUUCACGAAGGCACUUGCUGAGCAUUAUGUAGCGGAACAGCAAAACAAGAUACCUACUGUUAUAAUAAGACCAUCAAUUGUUGCACCAAGUAUAAAUGAACCGUUGGAAGGCUGGGUUGAUAACUGGUUUGGUGCAACAUCACUAAUGGUCAUGAUCGGCAAAGGUCAUUAUAGGGUCGUAGCUGGCGCUAGUUCCAAUUUAAUUGACCUCAUACCAGUCGACUAUGUCUCAAAUGUAUCUAUAGCAGCUGCUGCCAAGUGUGAGGGUUAUGACGGACUGUUGGUGUAUAAUUGUUGCACUAGUGGUGCGAAUCCUGUUACUUAUGGAGCGGUCUGUAGAUGUUUUAUAGAAGAAAGCGUUCGUUUCAAACUUAACGAUAUUCCAUACCCCACCAUAAAUUUCACGAAACAUCAGUGGCUUUUAAAAACUAUAAUUUUUAUAAUGCAGAUGAUACCAGCCUUUUUCGCUGAUUGUUUUUUAUGGCUGUCUGGGAAAAGACCAAGGUACGUAAAACUACAACGAAAAGUAUUAAGGAUGAAUAAUACUCAACAAUAUUUCACGUCAAGAUCCUGGGUAAUGGAUUCAAAGGAAACUCAAGCUCUAUAUGCAUCCUUGUCGGAUUUGGACAAAAAUAUGUUUCCGUUUAAUCCUGUUAGUAUAGUGUGGUCUGAAUACCUGCCCGUCUAUUACAAGGGCGUCAAAACUUAUUUAUUUUAG